GAUAAUGUUCCGUAAAGGACUAUCGGAAGACGAACUUCGCAGACUUGCUGAGGAGAGUGACUUUAGUGAUAGUAGUAUGUCUGAAAGUACGUUUUAUGAUUCUGAUGCCGAUCCAGUGUACAAUGAAAAUGUUACUGAUGGUUCUUCAGACUCAUACAGUAGUGAAUAUGAGUCUCGUAGAAAAAAAGCUAAAAUUUGCAAACAAACACAAAAUUGCAAAGAAUUUACUGCAGGUUCUAGUUCUAACCAAAAGGAGGCUGAUACAAGAAGGAUAGAAAAAGCUGAAUCUGCAAACGUUAGCCUGGAAGCUGUUAUUGACGAUGUAUCAAGAAAUAAAAUAACUGCAGGUCCUAGUUGUAUCCAAAAGGAGGCUGAUACAAGAAGGAUAGAAAAAGCUGAAUCUGCAAACGUUAGCCUGGAAGCUGUUAUUGACGAUGUUGUAUCAAGAAAUAAAAUAACAUGGAGCGAUGUGCCAAAUCCAGAUGAUCUCAAUAAGUUCGAACUAUCAUUUACUUCAGGAAUAAAUCAGGAAGAACUCGCAAAACUUACUGACCACAAACCAAUAGAUUUCUACCUACUGUUUAUCGACCGUCAAGUGCAAGAUUUGUUUAGUGAAACUUUGAGUGAAAAUACUGUGCAAAAUAUUGCUGCUAAUAUUACUGUGGUUGAAAACAUUACAGAAGAAACAUUGUCUGAGACAGACUCAUCAGAGUAUUUAAGUAGUUCAGAGCAUGAAACGACUUUAGUUGAAACAGAGCAGAAUAACACUUUAAUAAGUAAUAAUUGCUCUGAUAUACCUGACUCAAGUAAUGCAACUUCGCAGGAAGUUAUAGUAUUUACAUAUACAACUGUUAAGUGA